ACGUCAAUAACCCGCGACGACGCUUAUAACAUCGGCCAUUUUUUUUUUUGCCGAAGCGUAAACAACUGCGGUAGCCCCUGCACGCAUCUACGCGUGAGCAUGAAAACCAUUUUUACGUUCAUUUGCUGACAUCGGAUCGAAACUUAAAGACGCGACAUCGAAUGCUCUUAGGAAAUAUUGUCUUCUAGAUCAUGCCCUACGAUCCCGACCACCCUCCGGCUAAAAAAUUCAAGCCGGGGUCCGUUUUCUUCCGCCUCGACAAGCAGAAACCUGGUAUGCUGCUGCCUGGAAAGGCAAAAGCCACCACGCCGAUCGAUGUUCAAAGGAAACAACUUCCCAUUUAUCAAGCGAGGACUCCGCUUUUGAGCCAACUGAGACAGCUUCACAGUGCUAUUUUGAUAGGCGAGACUGGCUCGGGGAAGACCACCCAGAUCCCCCAGUAUUUGUAUGAGGCAGGGAUCGGACGCCAGGGUCUUGUUGCCAUCACUCAGCCCCGCCGAGUGGCUGCGAUAUCACUGGCUGGGAGAGUUGCAGAAGAAAAGGGAACGCAACUUGGGAAGCUGGUGGGCUACACCGUACGUUUUGAGGACGUCACGUCCCCCGAGACAAAGCUGAAGUUUAUGACUGAUGGAAUGCUCCUACGCGAGGCCAUUGGCGACCCCUUACUGCUGCGCUACACCGUGGUCGUCCUGGAUGAAGCUCACGAGCGCACUGUUCAUACAGAUGUGCUUUUUGGGGUUGUUAAGACAGCUCAGCGCCGGCGCAAGGAACUUGGGAAGAUUCCUCUUAAAGUCAUAGUGAUGUCAGCUACAAUGGAUGUGGACCUGUUCUCGGAAUACUUCAACAAGUCACCUGUACUAUACCUGGAGGGCAGGCAGCAUCCCAUUCAGAUCUUCUACACCAAGCAGACUCAGUCCGACUACCUGCAAGCUGCUCUUGUCACCGUGUUCCAAAUACAUCAGGAAGCACCUCCAUCUCAUGACAUAUUGGUCUUCAUGACGGGCCAGGAAGAGAUCGAGGCUCUAGCAAGGACAUGCCGGGACAUUGCCAAGCAUCUGCCUGACAACUGUGGACCUAUGUUGGUCCUCCCUCUGUACGCGUCACUGCCUCCGGCGCAACAACUCAGGGUCUUUCAGGCAGCUCCAAAGGGUUGCAGGAAAGUUAUCUUAUCAACCAACAUAGCUGAGACAUCAGUUACAAUAUCGGGGAUCAAAUAUGUCGUUGACACAGGGAUGGUGAAGGCCAAGCGUUUCAACCCCGAGAGUGGCUUGGAGGUUCUGGCAGUGCAGCGCAUUUCCAAAGCGCAGGCGUGGCAGCGAGCGGGCCGGGCCGGCAGGGAAGACUCAGGAAUUUGCUACCGUCUCUACACGGAGCAGGAGUUUGAUCAUCUCAUCCCUAUGACUGUGCCUGAGAUUCAGAGGUGUAAUUUAGCCAGUGUGAUGCUCCAGCUCAUGGCUCUCGGGAUUCCAGAUGUGAUGAAUUUUGAUUUCAUGUCCAAGCCCUCCCCGGAUGCCAUUCGGUCAGCUGUGGAGCAUUUGGAGCUGCUUGGGGCUUUGGAGAGGAACAACGGAAAGGUUCUCCUCACUGCUUUGGGGAAGAAGAUGUCAAGCUUCCCCCUGGAGCCAAGAUAUGCCAAGACCAUCCUGCUGUCUCCCAAUUAUUCCUGUUCCGAAGAGAUUUUAAGCAUCGUAUCGCUGCUGUCGGUGGACACCGUGCUGUACAACCCCCCAGCGCGGCGGGACGAGGUUCUCGCCAUGCGCAAGAAGUUCAUGUCCAGCGAAGGUGAUCACGUGACACUCCUCAGCAUUUACAGAGCAUUCAAGAAAGUCGGGGGGAAUAAGGAAUGGUGCCGAGAGAAUUUUGUCAACAGCAGGAAUAUGGGUCUAGUGAAAGACGUCCAAGCCCAACUCCGAGAAAUCUGCCUUAAGCUGAACUUAAAGCUGGAGUCAUGUGGAGCAGACACAGGGAAGGUUCGCCAAUGCCUCGCCCACGGGAUGUUUAUCAACGCUGCGGAGCUUCAACCCGACGGCAGCUACUUAGCCCUGGACACCCACCAGUCGGUGGCCAUCCACCCUUCGUCUGUCCUUUUCCAGGCCAAGCCGGCAUACGUGGUGUUCAAUGAGCUGCUGCACACCUCGCGCUGUUACAUGAGGGACUUGUGCCUGGUGGAUCCCGAUUGGUUGCUCGAUGCAGCGCCUGACUACUUUAGUCGCAAACUGCGCCCCACCAAGAGCUAACCGGGUAUGUUUCGCGCACCCUCACUAAUCCAGGAAUACAGGUCCUUGAUUUCCUAACAGUAAGAUUUCUUUCUUUUUAUUGUUCUUCACUGAUUUUCUAUUCAUGGUUAAAUAUGUUCCGGUCUACGAGCAAAAGAAUUAGAGCCCGGUUUUGUAGGAAAGGAACUCUCACGUAAACCCAGGAUGAUAGGUUGCAUCUUUUGGACUCCUCAAGAAAGCUUAUUGUAGUUAUUGAUAGGAUACACUACCUCCUAGUAAGUCAAAAGUGUCACCGCGGCAUGAAUGUGCACAUUGAUGUCUCACUCAACUCCGAUUUUGUCAUUUGGUUCAACAAUCCCAUUUUGCAACGGUUAAACAGGAAUUUGUUGUUGGAUGUUUGAAUCUCUUCCAAUUUGCGUGCAUUUUAAAAAGUAUAUUCUCACCUUGACAGAUUCUCAUUAUUAUGUGUGUUCUUUGCCGUGAAUCUCGGACUAUAUAGAAAAAUGUUUGGAAACCAAAUGUUGAUAAUAAGUUCCAAAGAAUGUUCAGGUAGACUCAACUGGGCCUUGUAUUGUACUGACUUUAUACAAAGUGCGCUUGGGGAUAUUUUACAGGACACAUGCAUUGACUGUACAGUUGACUCGGGCAAUGUAUUUGAAAGGGUUUCUUUUGACAAAGUAUUGCAGCAUGUCGACGUGAUAAGAACUGCAUUUUGGAAUAUCUGCACCCACUUGUGCAUGCUGUUUUGACGCCUUUGGCAAAUACACCACUGGCUCGUCAGGGAAAGACGCAUGAAUGCAUCUCUAGUUUCUACCUUUUGAUAUUGUCGAGGUAAUCCAGAAAAUGCAUGCUAUGCAUGGAGAAGGAAAAGUUCUUUCACACUUUGUAGAAAGUAAAUCACAGAUUGGGAAAGAUUUGGAGGCAUCUUUUGUGAUUUUGUACACUUUGACUCAGGACUGUGGCAGAAAUAAUUUAAAAAUAUUUUUACACAAUGUUGAUCAUGUUAGAGCAACUGCAUGUCAUGUUAUAAUAAAAAAAUAAUGCAUUUGAAAA